UUGUGGCGGUGGUGAUGGUGGUCUUCGGUGUUUCUGUUGUGGUGGUGGUGGUGGUGGUCUUCGGGUUUCUGUUGUGGUCGUGGUGGGGAUUACUCCUGUGGUGGUGAAUGGCAGAAGCGAAGGAAAGAAAUCUAACACCUCCGAUUCCUUCAGAUAUGCAAUCCAUGCUGAAGAGGUGCGAAAAUCUUGAGAAGGAAGUGAGGUCACUCAAACUUAACUUGGCUUUCAUGAAUAGGAAGGACUCUGAACAGACUAAGCAGAUAGAAGAGCUUCAGAAACAGAAUGAGGAGUUGACUGAAGAAAAAGAGCGCCUUCUUGAAGAAAUCGAGAGGAUUAUCCCAAAAACAAGCAGGAUGUGAGACAUCAUUCCAUUCUGACCAAACACGGUCAUCGUUGCUUAGCAGUUUUAAGCAGUCAUGCUUUGCAACAACCUCAAAAUGCCAAAAGAUCCAGUUCAGCUUAAUAAAUACAACACUCUGAAGGCAACCCUUCAUGUAUUAUGAAUACAACAAUCUCCAGUAUUGUUUAUUUUUUUGUUUUGUUUGCUGAGUAACAAUCUUCAAUAUUAAGUGCAAUAUCAAUCUGCCUGACCUAAACAAUACCUGAUUCUAGUUUCCGUAGCCUUGGAGAUGUUCCGAAAAAAUGUGAUC